GGAAUAAUCCUAGAUGAGUCGGCACUGGAUGUAAACAGGGCAAUAACUAGAGUGAUAGCUCAUAAAAACAUGCACAAUGCUGAUUCUAGAAUACUACUUAAUGCCACAAUAGAUUUGGUCGAUGUUUCAGACAGUUACAAAUUGAGUGAAGCCAUUUGUAGACAGCUUCACAAGGGUGUCUUUCUUUUAUUUGGUACAAGUCUACCAAAAACAUUUAAUACAAUCCAGUCCUACAGCCAUGCCUUGAAGGUACCUUACGUGGUGGUAACACCGAAUAGAAACGAUCAGAGAGAUGGGUACCGUUAUGAAAUCAGUAUGAGUCCGUCCUAUAUUGAAGUUAUUAUUGAUUUAAUCAAAUGGUUUGGCUGGGGAAAAAUUUACUAUCUCUUUGACUCGGAUGACGGAUUAUGGCAACUGCAAAAGAUCUACGAUUCUUUCCGUCAACCGCUGUUAAACCUGGUAGUUGAUGCUCGUAGAAUCCGGAAUCUGUCAGAAUCUCACGAAUUGUUGAGACGAAUGGACAGAUCUGACAGUUUUAGUAAGAAACGGAUAGUAAUUAGUUUAUCUACUGCAGCAUCUUAUCAAUUAUUAUUAAAUCAGAUAGUAGAUGUAGGCAUGAAUAGAGAUGAUUAUCAUUAUUUACUCGGAGGACCGGAUAUUGGUCAGCUAGAUUUAAAAUCUUUCCUCCAUGGAGGUGUGAAUGUCACGGGGUUUAGGUUAUUUAGACCCAGUAGUCAGAAUGAACUGGCAUCCAUUUUAAAACCACCAAAAGAUCCAAAUAAAGUUCGAGGUAAAAUGAGAGGAAGGAAGAUCUCUACAGACGUUGCCCUUGCUACAGAUGGUAUCAAUGUGAUCCUAGAAGCAUUUAAAGAUAUGUUGGUAACCUGUGCCGAUGAUGAACGAUGUGUCUUUAAAACUCUGCGACACGGAGAUCUAUACAACAAUGACAGUAAAGGUAUACAGUGUAGAUCUGAUCCACUCCGACCCUGGACCCAUGGCGACAUAAUACAGAAAGCUAUCACAGAGGUUAGCAUUGAUGGUUUAACUGGAAAUGUGUCGUUUAAUUCUCAAGGAAUACGUAGACUUCAGGAAGUUGAUAUCAUGCAUUUACAGUUCGAAAGAAAAUUGCGGAGGGUUGGCACAUGGACUAUUGAAGGAGGAUUCAAGACCAACCUUACUCGUCCUGGUAAUGAACGAAUAAAAUUAGAACCAAACAGAACAAGAAUCGUUACUACAAUAUUGGAACCACCAUUCACCGUAGAGAGAGCUCCGGUUGAUGGUGUACCGUUUACUGGUAAUGACAGAUAUGAGGGGUUCUGUAUAGAUCUUGCCAGAAUGGUAGCUAAAAAAGUUGGAUAUGAAUACGUUAUCAAGUUAGUCGACGAUAGGUCGUAUGGUUCAAAAUUACAAAACGGCACCUGGACCGGGAUGAUUGGAGAACUGGUUCGACGUGAAGCUGACAUUGCUGUAGCACCACUGACCAUAACGCAGGCCAGAGAAAGGGUAGUGGACUUUACAAAACCUUUUCUGAAUACUGGUAUUAGCAUUAUGAUUAAGAAACCAAUGAAGUCCAAACCAGGAGUCUUCUCGUUCAUGAGUCCCUUGGCCAAGUAUGUUUGGGUGUGCAUCAUACUCGGAUUUCUAGCGGUUGGUAUCGUGUUGUUUCUGGUGGGAAGAUUCAGUCCGUUGGAAUGGGUCCCAGAAGAGGAUUCAGAAGAAAGUAACAAUGUUUUUACUAUUGGGAAUACGAUGUGGUUUGCUCUUGGUGCUCUGAUGCAACAGGGAUCUGAUAUUUCUCCCAGAUCAAUAUCAGGAAGAAUAGUUGGAAGCGCAUGGUGGUUCUUCACCUUAAUUAUUAUAUCAUCUUAUACUGCAAACCUUGCUGCCUUUUUAACCAUUGAAAAAAUGGUGAUGCCCAUAGAAUCAGCCGAUGAUUUAGUUCGACAAACAGAAAUUAAAUAUGGCACUUUACAAUCUGCAUCAACUGUACAAUUUUUUAGAGAAACAGAAGUUUUAGUUUAUAAUCAAAUGUGGAAUUUUAUGCGAGAUGCUCGACCUAGUGUGUUUGUUCCUACUGUGGAUGAUGGGGUCAGAAGAGUUCGAUCAUCAAAAGGAAAAUAUGCCUUUAUACUCGAAUCUGCCAUGAACGAAUAUCAGAAUCAAAGACGACCGUGUGAUACGAUAAAAAUUGGCAGAAAUUUAGAUUCAAAAGGAUAUGGUAUAGCAACGCCACUAAAAUCAGAUCUACGAGAUCGUAUAAAUAUAGCUGUUUUAGAAUUAAGAGAGGUUGGUGAACUUCACAAAUUAGAACAAAAAUGGUGGUAUGAUAAAGGAGAGUGCGGUGAUCCUGGAGGAAAAGAAUCGUCUAUUAAUGCUCUAACAUUGAGCAACGUUUCCGGUAUUUUCCAUAUAUUAAUAGGUGGUUUGGUGCUAGCUAUGUUAACCGCCUUCCUAGACUUCUUAUUCAAAAAGAAAUUUAAGGGCAAAAAAAUACAGGUAAUGGAAUUUCUUAUCAUUUUGAUACACACCAUACGCAGCGGAUACGUAUAUGACUUAAUUGGAGUUUUACGUUUGCUUGGUUAA